AUGGAGGGAAAGAUUCAAGUCGAACGGUUCAAUGGUUCCGACUUUGGAUUCUGGCGAAUGCAAAUGGAGGCUUACCUGUACGGGAAGGACCUCUACGCACCUCUUGGGGAAAAACUCGAGAAGAUGAGCGAUGAUGAAUGGAAGGUGCUCGAUCGGAAGUCGAUGAGCGCUAUAAUUCUUUCGCUCUCUCGGAACGUCGCCUACCAUGUGAAGGGAGCAAAAAGCACGAAGGAGGUCUUGCAGACACUCGCCGACAUCGAUAGCCAGAGUGCAAUCCAUCUGGCAAAGAACCCCGCGUUUCACUCGCGAACGAAGCACAUCGAGGUUAAGUAUCAUUUCAUCUGGCAACUUCUAGAGAAGAAGAUGUUGCAGCUGAAAAAGGUUCGGGGAGAUAGGAAUCCUGCAGACAUGUUGACCAAGGCGGCUACUUCCUUGCAACUUCCUGGUCAAAGGAAGGGAGCUUCCUCUCAACUUCCUCGCAAGAAGGAUUUGUUUGGCUAUAAAUACCUCAUUUUGUAA